UCAGAAAGCAAAGCUGGGGAUAUACCACCAUGAAUGCGAUUGUUAUUGACACAGAUAGGACUGUCUUCAGAGGGUCACUGAUGCUGCUCAGUCGCACCGUGAACGCGCAGUCGGUUUGUUCCAAAGUACAGCGGCGCCACCUGCUGGACACCGAGGAGCCAAACGCGGGACCUCGUCGAAAAACUGGUUUUCCAGGAAGACACAGGGGAGGACUGUAACUAAGCACAUUUACUCAACUACAAAUUCAAGUGAUGAUCGUCUGCGUUUCAGCUGCAGAGCUUCUGAAGAGCCUGUUUUUGAUGUGUGUCUGAUGGCAUCAACUUGCUGAUUGGCUGACGAUGGCAGGUGUGGAAACAGCUCAGCUCAAAGUCCAGGUGAACUGCAGCGGAGGAGAGAGCAUGAUGGACUGUGUCCAUGAAUGUGAAGGUUUUGAUCAAGCUGCAGCUCAGUGAAGCUAAAGCUGACGAUGACCACGCCAUGGUGCAAUCAGAGCAGAUCCAGUUAAGACGGUGUGUUCAGUUCUUGUGGAUGCAGACGGCCGCUGAUCCGCUAGGAGUCGUGCUUCACUGGGAAAACACCACGCUUGAAUCCCCCCCUACUGCGACGACGCGCUGCCGCUGCUGCUGAUUGGUUGCAGAAAGAUGGCCGCCCGCGGUGACGUGUGGCGGCUUGGUGAGACGUCAUGCCCGCAGGUCUCUCAGGCGGCGAUGCAGCAGCACCACAUGGGCCACAAUGGGACUGUGUCUGCGGCUUACCACAUGACUGCAGCGGGUGUUUCUCAGCUGUCACACACGGCCAUGGGGGGCUACUGCAACGGCAACCUGGGCAACAUGGGCGACCUGCCGUCCUACCAGGACGGCAUGAGGGGCAGCACCACGGCCACCGGCUGGUACGGAGCCAACCCGGAUCCGCGUUUCUCCACCAUUUCUCGCUUCAUGGGCUCGUCGUCGGGCAUGAACAUGGGCAGCAUGGGCAGCCUCAGCUCCCUGGCAGACGUGGGUAAAGGCAUGGGCUCUCUGUCCAGCACCCCGAGGAGAAAGAGGCGAGUGCUGUUCUCCCAGGCGCAGGUCUACGAGCUGGAGCGACGCUUCAAGCAGCAGAAAUACCUGUCGGCGCCGGAGAGGGAGCACCUUGCAAGCAUGAUCCACCUCACCCCGACCCAGGUGAAGAUCUGGUUUCAGAAUCACCGGUAUAAGAUGAAGAGGCAGGCGAAAGACAAAGUGUCCCAGCAGCAGAUGCAGCAGGACAGCGGCUCCUGCCAGCAGCAGCAGCAGCAGCAGUCCCCGCGGAGGGUGGCCGUGCCGGUGCUGGUGAAGGACGGGAAGCCGUGCCAAGGCAGCGGCCACACGCCCACCACCUCCGCGCAGACCCACCACCAGCAAGGGGGCAAUGUCAUGAUCAUGUCCAACAACGCGUCCGGCCUCGGGCAGCAUCAGAGCCAGCAGGUGGGGAGCACGGGCCACUCUCCAGACCUGGCGCCGCACUCCUCCAGUCCGCCGUCGCUGCAGAGCCAAGUGGCCGGCCUCUCCCACCUCAAUUCCCCCGGCGCAGAGUACGGCUCGGCCCUGCAGUGUUCUGCCCUGUUAUACGGCAGGACGUGGUGACAAGAGGCUCCGGCUCUGGUAGAAACCAGUUCUUCUAUUUAAAGAGAAAAAGACUUUUUUUUUCUUUCUUUCAAGACUCGACAAGUUUCUCUGUAAAUGUGCGCGUUUGAACAAGAGCCGAGUGAAGUCGGUGCAGCUCUUCUUUGAAUUUUCACCUUUUGGAAGGAAGUGUGACUAAUGUGGAAGCGAAGGAGAAAUUAAAAAAACAAACAAACACUUUUGACCAGAAACUGCGGAUUGAAAAUCUUGGGAUUUAUUUAUGUAAAUUAUAUUGAGACAAAAGAAGAAUAUAGGCCGCGUUAGUUGGGGAAAAAGUGACCCUGAACAGGGAGGCAUAUACACUAGAACUGCUGUGUAUGGGUGCUGUCAAACCCCCCUCGCAAACACACGUGACUCUGAUUUAUAAUAGAAUUUAAUGUAAGCCGUAGAUCUAGCGUGUAUAUUUCUGUAAAAGGUUUGAAUUUUAGCUAUCUGUUGUACAAAGUUUUUGACGCUCUUGCCGGUUUGUUGUCGUUUCAUUGGUAUUUGUACGUUUUAUUUCUUUGUAACUUAUAUAGAUAUUUGACUUACUACAAAACAGUCCUAUUAAUAAAUUAUGGA